AUGGGCACCCGCAACCUCAUCUGCAUCUGGUACAAAGGCCGCUUCAUGGUCGCCCAGUACUGCCAGUGGGACGGCUAUCUCGAAGGCCAAGGAGCAAACAUCCUCCAAUUCCUUCUCGUGCCCAGCAACAUUGAACGUCUCAAAAAAGGGCUAACCCGCAUUACCCCCGUCGACGACCAAACCGUUCAAGAUAUCCUUGGUAAACACCGUUACUCCACCUACAAAAACAACAAAAAGGUGUGCGAAUGCGGUGCAGCGGUCAGUUUCCAGGAACAAGAAAAAUGUUUCCCAUCAACCUUGAACCGGGACACGGGUGCGAAGAUCCUGGAUAUCAUCGCUGCGGCACGGCCUGAUGAUUACAUUCCCAUUCAGCUAUCAUUGGAGUUUGCUGUGAAUGGCCUGUUCUGCGAGUACUGUUACUGCGUUGAUCUGGACGCGGAGGUGUUUGAAGUCUUUGGUGGUGCUACAUACAUUCCCACUACCACUGACGACGACAAGACUGAGCAAAUUGGGCAGAAUCGUUUUGUGGAGGUUUGCAGGGCUGCAGAGGGUGCGCCGCUGAUGGGCAAGUCGAUGCCGGCGUUGCUCAAGUCGUGGCCGCUGGCGGAGUUGCCGAAGGAUAUGGAGGAUAUGGUGAGACAGGUUGCGGCUGACAAUGAGGAGUCAGAGUAUGUGGAAGGAGAACAUGAUGAUUCGGAGGACGACGUAGAGAGUGACACAGAGGAUGAUGGCAAGGAUACGGAUGACGAAAAGACCAAUAAUGAUGACAAGCCUGCGGACAAUGGCGACGACAAGAAGUCUCAGGAAGCUGGUACCAAGAAGCCCGACGUCGUGGACAAGAAGACCAUCGACGACGAUGCUCAGAAGCCCGCCGACCAAGACAAAGAGGCCGCGGUCCCUGACGAGUACGAAGACAGCAUCUAUGAAGAAAGAAGCGUUUUCAAGUAUGAGAAGGAAAAUGCAGAACACAAAGAGAGACUCGAUAGCAAAGAGGAAGAUCUCGCCAUCGAAGCAGCCCAGUUGUCAAUCAAAAUGGAAUGCGAGAGAGCCGCCAUGCGCAAGGCCGGGGGAAGUGCUGGGGACAUUACACUCAGCAUUCAAGAGACCGAGUGA